GGAAGCCAGGACAUGAUUUGGCACCCAUGUGGAUUCUGGUAUUGCAGGUGGUGACUUUACCAGCCAGGUCACCACACGGGCCCUGCUUACUGGCUGUGUCUCUCCUUUUUAGGAUUCUGUGAUAAUACACAAGCGUUGUUUUUCUGUAUUGAGACUGCUGCUGAAACCUUUCUUCACACCUUGUAUCUCAUUUUGCUUCCAUUAGAUCAUGGUUUUCUAGCACAUUGGGAUUUAUCUUUGGUGUUAAAUUUAUAGCUGUUUUCCUAGCAAGUUCAGGAAAUAAAGAGCAUCCUAUGUGAUUAUUCUUUAGUGUUUAAUGUUGUUCUCACCCAUCAGUUUCACUCGCAACAGGAAUAAUGACAGUAAAUGCAACUUUUCUUGAAAGUGCUCUUUUGUGAGACCCUGAAGGAUCUGAAGGUAGGAGAAUCUGCUGGAAUACUAGCCUACCGAACGAUGCAGAUUAGCUUCUAGUAUGCCUCUGGGUCAUGUCACUUGUUGAUCCCUGUACAAGUCAUCUUGGACUAAACGCUUUUUCUCAGAUUUGCCUUUUACUUUGCUCUCUAAAAUUGGGAGGGAAAUGUUACUUAAUACAUGAUGGAUGAUGUAUCAGUUCCCAAUGAGAUAGAGAUAUAUUGCUGAAUGUUUUCAUACAGUGGGGGAUCAAAUGAUUAAAACUCAAAAUGUGGUAUAUUUUACAAAUCUUGCUCUCUAAUGUUUUAUACAUGUUGCCCUCAGUGGCAUCUGUGGGUGCUGUGAGAUUGAGCAAGAUUCACUCUGUGAGCUUAUGUCUCGUUUUCAGCACAGUGGUGGCAGGUCGUGAGGUUCCAAGGUAAUGAGUCACUGAGUGUGGGAGGCCCCGGCUGACUGGGGACUGGGAGGCGUGUGGUAGCUGCGGUAAGGAUACUAAAACAUACUUUACAUCUCAGAUGCAGCUAGGCUUGGGGAAGAUGCAUUUGCUUUCUCUAUGUUUAGCUUCAAGGCCUUCUUGCCUAGGAUCCCGUAUGAAAGGUUGAGAGGAAAAAUUUGGACCAUAAGUCAUAAAUGAAAGCAGUUUGUGAAUUGUGAUUACAAUUAUUUACUUGUACUAAUAGUUAUUUGCCAUAAAAUUGGCAAUUGGAAACAGAAGAACAGGUUUAUUACCAGAAUUUUUUAGGUGCUUAUUAUUUGAAAGGCACAGAGAAGCAGACUUCUCCCCUACACUGGUUCACUCCCCAGAUGCCCGCAACAGCCAGGAACCUCUACCCAGGUAGGAGGCUGGUGCCCAAGAACUUGAGCCAUCUGUUAACUGAGUGCUAAAAUCUAAUCUUGGGUAUCCAGUUCUCCUUUGUGGUUUGGUUUGUUAAUAAUUGAAGUACCUAAGGGUUCUGGGUGUGAACUGUUCAUACUUUAUAAUUAACUUAGAUGGAAUCCAGGAAGCUAAGAUUUUCUGUUGAAGUAACUAAGAAAGUAUGUGUCUUUAAAAAUACAUACAAAUAACUAACAUAUGAAAAUGGGAAAAAGCUUGAUUAUCUUUUUAUAACAUAAACCUUAAAUAUGGAAAUGUUUUUAAGCUUGUUACUGUCUUCCUGCUUUUAGUUUGGGUGUAUAGGAGUCUGCUUAUCAAAAAUUUUAUUAGUGUUGAUGCUGACUGGCCUUUUUUUUUUAAUCUGUGUAAACAUGACCCUAGACAGCUGUGUUUAAUAAAGUAAAGAUCCAUGGGGAGACUUUGCAGUGUCUGUGUGUGUUAGUAUCUAAAGGACGUCACUUAGGCUUUGAAGCUGAGGUUACCUAACUGAAUGCGGAAUGCCUGUAUGUCUGUAUAGUUUUCUGUUCCAGAGGUUAUUGACAACAAAGUUAAACGGACAGUAUUCAGUCAGAUAACUAUUGUGGAAGUAUUUGUUUUCACAUGGCUGUGUUCUGUUGCCGGUCCACCAGAGAUCUGUCUGGGACUUUCCUUUGGAUCUGUGCAGCCUCCAGAACUCUGUGAAGGAGAUGCUCUCAUCAGGUCAACUACUCCAAUUGUGACGUCUGUUAUGGCAGCCCUGGCCCGCCAACACACCUGUGAGGGAGUAGCAGGGCCUCUGGUAUGCACCUGAAGCCACACUGGAAACUGCAGAAGGGAGAACACCCCCUGGAAACCCGCAGGGAACUGCUGGAGACUCUUAUGAGCCCUGCAAAGGCCAGCCAGGAAGCCCCACGGAGAGCCGCCUGCCGGAAGCCAGCCUUCCCUUGGCAUACACCUGCCAGCACCUCGGCCCGCCAGCCUUUGGGGAUCCUUCCCCCAAAUGUCCUGUGCAGAAUGAGUGGGCAGAGCCCUCUAGAGAACGGCCUGGAUGUCAAGACUAAGAAGAAUGCGCCAUCUACAACCAUUCACCAGGGCGAGCCCGCCGACGGGCCACUCGAUAUCUGGGCUGUUGUGAGGCCGGGCAAUACCAAGGAAAAGAUCGCCUUCUUCGCGGCCCACCAGUGUAGCAAUCGGAUAGGAUCAAUGAAAAUCAAAAGCUCCUGGGAUAUCGAUGGGCGAGCUACUAAAAGAAGGAAAAAGUCAGGGGAGCUUAAAAAGGCCAAGAGCCAGUUAGAAAGGAUGCAGGAUGUGAGCGGCAGGAGCUGCCCGCCUGAGCCUUGUGCGUGUAGCGCUGAGCUCUGCACCCUGCAAGCCGGGAGUGACGGUGGUGAGGGUGGCCAGGCCGGCAGGCCGCUCUCUGUCAUCCAGAUGGUGGCCUUGCUGGAGCAGCGGGCCAGCGCCCUGCUGGCCAGCUGUGCAAAGACCAGCACUAGCUCCUCCGCCAUCGCCAGGCCGAAUGGCCAACCCCGCACUGGGGCCCUGUCCUCAGAGCCCUGCGGAGCCCAAGGAGCUCGUGAGGAACCCGCGGGAAGGGGAAGCCCCGAGAUUGGGGAGCCACCGAGCGAACCAGUGCGUGUCCUGGACAUGGUGGCCAGGUUGGAGUCGGAGUGCCUGAAACAGCAGAGCCAGCGUGAGGCCGGCAGCCUCUCGCGCAACAACAGCUUCCGCCGGCACGUGGGUAGGGUGCUGCUAGCCACUGGUGCCCAAGCUGAGGAUACCAAGACAUGCCGUGGCAUCCCAGAGGCCCCCAGCACCCGCCUGAGUCCCGCACGCUCUUUGUCCGUGGACCGCUGCUCCCCUGCGGGGGAGCGUGCAUGGGAUGGCGGCCCCCGGGGCUGCCCCCCACUGCCCAUGGGUGGCAAUUUCCACCCCAGCUGCCCAGGAUUAGAGCCAGGACAGCCAAGUACAGUGAAGAACAGUGACAGGUAUGAUGUGGAGAUGACAGAGGAACUUGUGAGGCCUCCGUGUCCUCCUCACACCUGCCCCCAAGCCGCCGAACCAGCCCAGGGUGCAGGCGAGCGUGGGAGUCGGGAGCUUGAGCCGCUGGGUGGCCAGAGCCCCAAGCCGCGAAGUAAAGAGUCUGUGUGCAUUCGCAUCACCGUGGCCAAGGUGGAGGCCGACCAGCCCUCUCCGUUAGCUGCCUGCGAGGACCCUCUUCCAGGGAUGCUCUUCUUCCUGCCACCUGCUCAGCACCAGGCACCCUGUGUCCCGCCAAACAAAAGCACAAUGCAAGAGCCCUCGGCAGCCACAGAGCCUGACACCCCCGCCGAGGGGCAUGCCGACCUUGACCCCGAAGGCCAGAGCACUGCCACUGAGCCCGGCGCAUCCCUGGCCUCUCCCGCUGAGCCGCCCCUGCCCGUGCUGGAGGCCUCCGCUUGCAAGAAGCAGGUGUCCCAUGACUUUCUGGAGACGAGGUUCAAAAUCCAGCAACUUUUGGAGCCUCAGCAGUACAUGGCUUUUCUGCCCCACCACAUUAUGGUGAAAAUCUUCAGGUUACUGCCCACCAAGAGCCUCGUAGCUCUUAAGUGUACCUGCUGCUACUUCAAGUUCAUCAUCGAGUACUACAACAUCCGGCCAGCGGAUUCCCGUUGGGUCCGGGAUCCACGCUACAGGGAGGAUCCUUGCAAGCAAUGCAAGAAGAAAUAUGUGAAAGGGGACGUGUCCCUCUGCCGGUGGCACCCCAAGCCCUAUUGCCAGGCCCUGCCCUAUGGGCCCGGGUACUGGAUGUGCUGCCACCGUUCUCAGAAGGCCUUCCCUGGUUGUAAGCUGGGGCUCCAUGACAAUCACUGGGUCCCUGCUUGCCACAGCUUCAACCGGGCGAUUCACAAGAAAGCCAAGGGCACUGACACCGAGGAGGACUACUGACUUGCAGCACAGGGAGGCAGCCGCAGGCCCGGCCGGAACCACUGUGGGCCUUGCUGACCAGGUGUCACUCUGCAGAGGUCCACUGGGACCGGGACCUCUGGCACGCAGGCGUUUUCUGAAUCUACGUACAAGCUGGACAGAACUGGUCGCAUUGCUCCUGGGGAUGCCUCACUGUGGAGCUGGCCUGGUGCCCGCAGCUUGAUGCACUUGGCUGUGAAUUUGUCUUCCUAGCUGCCGCCCAUUCUCCAAGGAUAGGGGCCGACGCUGUCAAGGACAUUGUUAAGAGUUUGCUGCAGAUUCUGCAGGCAGGCCCCUCGGAGGGUCAGAGCACCGGUGGCGUCCUUGAAGUCUUGGAAUGAUAUCCCCUGGGGGGCCCAGCAGACUCUGGCUGGACGGUGUGCUUGCCCGGGGAGAGUCAGCACCUUACCUUUGAACCCUGUAUGCCUGGUCCGGGAGCGUGGUGUUUGUGGUGGGAGAUGGCUGUCGUGCCCUGCGGUGUUUACAGUGUAUAUAGUGGUUGUGUUUUCCUAGGGCUGUGAAAGUGCACAUUAAACCCCGGGCGCCUUUCCCUUCCCCUGUAGACAAGUGCUUUGCCCUCUGUACGUGACGCGAUGAGAGCCCCGCUGUAUAUUACGGAUGCUAGCGCAACACCAUAAUCACCACAGUGCGGCUAGGGUAGUGUUGCGGCUCGAAUUGUGUGAUUUUUUUUUUUAUUGUCUCAAAUUUGUACAUUCUGUAUAAAAUAUGAAUAUUGCCUAAAUAAACUAUGAAUGUUUCCUGUGUAAUCUAUGAAUGUUUCUGGGAAGAGACUAAAUAGCUAAGGGUUACCCUGUUCAAAGGAUACCAAAUGAUGGUUUAACUGGACAACCUUCCAAUUAGCAUAGAUAGAGAACAAUCUGUUAUAUUUUAGUGAUCCACCAAGAAUGAGAGAAUUAUAUAGUCAGAUUAUAAACAUUCUUGUUUACUUUAUUCUUUGGUUGCAAUUUUUUUUAAAGCUUCAAUAAAAACAUGCAUUUUAAAUGGG